AUGUCUACCGCUACAGCCGCGCUGCUGCUGCAGCAGCUGCCGGGUGUUCGGCCUCCCAGCUGGGAUCGAGGGGAGCUCGAGAUCCUAAACGGUCCCGACGCGUCGUACGCUUUGGUGCCGAAUGCGGAUCGCACAUCGUACAAUGUGUCGUACUCAAAGUACAACCCGACGCCGGGUAUGUCUGGACUGGGCAGGGCAGGAGGAGAAGUAUACCCCCGUGGUCCAGGUGGGAUCUUGGGAGCUCCCAGAUGCAUAUGGCUGAGCUGGGAUGUGGGCUGGGAUGUGGGCUGGGAUGUGGGCUGGGAUGUGGGCUGGGAUGUGGGCUGGGAUGUGGGCUGGGAUGUGGGCUGGGAUGUGGGCUGGGAUGUGGGCUGGGAUGUGGGCUGGGAUGUGGGCUGGGAUGUGGGCUGGGAUGUGGGCUGGGAUGUGGGCUGGGAUGUGGGCUGGGAUGUGGGCUGGGAUGUGGGCUGGGAUGUGGGCUGGGAUGUGGGCUGGGAUGUGGGCUGGGAUGUGGGCUGGGAUGUGGGCUGGGAUGUGGGCUGGGAUGUGGGCUGGGAUGUGGGCUGGGAUGUGGGCUGGGAUGUGGGCUGGGAUGUGAGCUGGGAUGUGAGCUGGGAUAAUGAUGGUGGCCAGCUGUCGGAGUGGCAACCCAUGUACACUCCCAGCAAGGAGCAGGCGGAGGCAGAUCGCGCGAAGGCUUACACGGAGGGCGUGCCGCACGGUUAUGUAUCCCCGGAAUCGCGGCUCAAGCACGAGGCCUCCUCCCCGUCCCUGGAGAUAUGGGUGGUCAGUGAGCUGCACCAUGAGUCCGAGUACGGCGAGGUCAAGGAUCCCGCGACCGGCCGCCAUUCUGGGGGCCCGUUCCGAAUCCGGGUGAGCCCUAAGACGCGCGUUGAGGAGCUGCGACUGAUGAUUCGGGUGAGCAUGUCGGGGACAGCGAACCUGAAGGCGAUGUGCUGGUCAAUAGAUGAGUUCGGUCGGCCAUGGCACAGGAAUAAGUUCGUUGACCUAUGUCUGGUAGUCGUGCCUAUCCCCCUGGCCGGGAGCCCCCAGCCCCACCGCGUGUGUCAUCUAUUGCAGGACGCGGGUGGCAUCCUACCGGCGCUCCAGAAGCUAUCUUACGCCGGCAAGCACCUGGACGACUCGCAGCGUACUCUGGCACAGUAA